CUUAUACGACGCGCAAUGUUUUGCUACAAGUUUCCCUGCGGGGAUUUCCAAACACUAACAACAAUGACUGAAACCGGGAUUACUUUUGAUCCGCCGGUGUACGAGCAGCGUUACUGUGCCGCUAUCCAGUUCCUGGAGGACUCCCGCUGGACGGAGCAGAUCAAGAAAGUUGUGGAGUUUGGCUGUGCGGAGAUGCGCUUUUUUCAGCUAAUGCGUCGCAUUGAGACAAUAGAAAAUAUUCUACUGGUUGAUAUUGACGAGCCCUUGCUGAGGAAAAACUCAAUUAGCGUCAAUCCUUUGGUAUCUGAUUAUAUAAGGCAUCGUUUGAGUCCUCUGAACGUUCGAAUUCUUCAGGGAAGCGUUGCAGAUUCUUCCGAAGAAUUGCGAAAUACAGACGCCGUAGUUGCCUUGGAACUAAUUGAGCAUGUAUAUGACGAUGUUUUGUCCAAAAUUCCAUCCAAUGUUUUUGGUUUUAUGCAGCCAAAAUUGGUGGUUUUCAGCACCCCAAACUCAGAUUAUAAUGUAAUCUUUACGAGAUUCAAUCCUUUGCUGCCGAAUGGAUUCCGCCACGACGAUCACAAGUUUGAAUGGACUCGGGAGGAGUUCAAAAGCUGGUGUUUGAGCAUUGUUGAGAAGUACCCGAAUUACAUGUUCUCCUUGUUGGGAGUGGGGAAUCCGCCCAAGGACCUCGAAUCGGUGGGGCAUGUGUCCCAGAUAGCUAUAUUCGUUCGGAAGGAUUUCUUGGAAUCGCAAUUGGAGAAUCCGUUGGUCACCAAUCCCAAGCUUGAUGAGGAAUCCACUCCCUACAAGCUUGUUCAUUCUGUCGACUAUCCCUUCAAUGUGGAUACGCGUACAGAAAAGGAAAAGAUCUGGAACGAAGUGCAAAUUGAAUUGAAUCGUUUUAAAAGAAUCGCCAAUUCUUCAGAGAAUGAAAUAGAUCAUUACCAGGACACCUACAAAAUGCCAAUUGCAGACCUAUUGGAACGCCUACAUUACGUAAAAGCUACAAAAGAAAUCUUGGGGGAAUUACUACAUGAAAACAAUAUUAAAGUUGAGGAUGAAUACGUUAUAAUAGAAGAUUCCGAUGAGGAAUCGCAGUGGUCCGAUCCCAACGACCUGUCUGAACACCUUUCCCAGGAGGCUGUAUUAAUUGAUCAAGAGCAAGAUCAAGAAGAGGAGUACUGGGAUUCCAACCCCGAAAACGGAACUUAAUACUUUAAACUCUUAAUUCAACUACAACUUAAGUUUAUACUUAAGUUUUGACGAUGUUCAUUUGGUUACGUCGUAAUCUGACAAACUGUCACGCUCAAAUUUUUGAUCUAAAAUAUUGUUUUUACAUUUCCAUUACAUAAGCCAUUUCUUUAACAAUUAUGGAAUCACUGUCAUGAUAAACCAAAGACCUUUAUAUAAUUUAUAAUUCCUAAAAGAUAAGUUUAGCUUAUAAAGUUCAACUUAUAUAAAUACGAGUGAUAGAAUUUCUUAAUUCUUAAUACUAAAACUAUAAAUUCAUAUUUCAGGAUCCUGAUCUGGCAUCUAGUUUUUACCUUAUAAGAUCAUAUUAUUCAUACUCAAAAACUUUACAUUUCAUUUUGUAAUACUUAUCUUUAACUACAUAAUUCCUUCGAGUCAUUAAUUCCAUGUUGGAUUGUUAAAUAAACAAAAGCAUUCCCCAUGUUUUGUUAACUGACAAUCUGUUGA